CGGGCUUGGGCUGCUCCCGGCUCCCUCCCCUCUUCCCAUCUGCGUCCUCUCUCUCGGCUCCCGCGUUGCAUCAUCUCCAGCUCGCGGCUGCUGUGGAAAGGUUGGGCGCGGCGCGAACCACUCAGGCCGGGGCUCCAGCCUGCUCUCCCUCGCCUCUCCUGGUCCUUUCCCCACCUGCUUCUGCACCCACGCCGGGAGCUCCCCGCGGGCCGGCUUAACCCGCGAGGUACAGCCGGCGGACGCUCUGCCAGAUCCGUUCAUUGAGAUUCCCAGCUUAUCCCAGAGCCAAGUCCCCCGCCUCCUUCAGCUUGGGGCCGCGGGCAGCGCCAUGGAGAAGAGUAGCGAAACCAACGGCUACCUGGACGGCGCCCAGGCAGGGCCUGCAGCAGGGCCUGGCGCGCCGGGAUCCGCGGCGGGACGCGCGCGGCGCUGCGCGGGCUUCCUACAGCGGCACGCGCUGGUGCUGCUCACGGUGUCUGGAGUGGUGGCGGGCGCCGGACUGGGCGCAGCGCUGCGCGGGCUUGGCCUCACCCGCACGCAAGUCGCCUACCUGUCCUUCCCCGGCGAGAUGCUGCUCCGCAUGCUGCGCAUGAUCAUCCUGCCGCUGGUUGUCUGCAGCCUGGUGUCGGGCGCCGCCUCCCUCGACGCCAGCUCUCUCGGGCGCCUGGGCGGCAUCGCCGUCGCCUACUUCGGCCUCACCACGCUUGGCGCCUCGGCGCUCGCCGUCGCUUUGGCGUUUAUCAUCAAGCCCGGCUCUGGCGCACAGACCCUCCAGUCCAGCGACCUCGGGCUGGAGGAGUCGGGGUCCCCUCCGGUCCCCAAAGAGACAGUGGACUCUUUCCUCGAUCUGGCCAGAAACCUGUUUCCCUCAAACCUUGUGGUUGCCGCUUUCCGUACGUAUGCAACUGAUUAUAGAGAGGUGACCCACAAUACCAGCUCUGGAAAUAUAACCCAUGAGAAGAUCCCCAUUGGCACCGAGAUCGAAGGAAUGAACAUUUUAGGAUUGGUCCUCUUUGCACUCGUGUUAGGAGUGGCCCUAAAGAAACUUGGCUCUGAAGGAGAAGAGCUCAUCCGUUUCUUUAAUGCCUUCAACGAGGCGACGAUGGUGCUGGUGUCAUGGAUUAUGUGGUAUGUACCUGUGGGCAUCAUGUUCCUGGUUGGAAGCAAGAUUUUGGAAAUGAAGGACAUCAUUGUGCUGGUGACCAGCCUUGGAAAAUAUAUCUUCACAUCUAUAUUGGGCCAUUUUAUUCAUGGAGGAAUUGUUCUGCCACUUAUUUAUUUUAUUUUCACAAGAAAAAACCCAUUCAGGUUCCUCCUGGGCCUCCUCACACCAUUUGCAACAGCGUUUGCCACCUGCUCCAGCUCAGCAACCCUCCCCUCCAUGAUGAAGUGCAUUGAGGAAAACAACGGUGUGGACAAGAGGAUCAGCAGGUUCAUCCUCCCUAUCGGGGCCACGGUGAACAUGGACGGGGCAGCCAUCUUCCAGUGUGUGGCCGCGGUGUUUAUUGCCCAGCUCAACAACAUCGAGCUGAAGGCAGGACAGAUUUUCACGAUUCUAGUGACAGCCACAGCAUCCAGUGUCGGGGCAGCAGGCGUACCAGCUGGAGGGGUCCUCACCAUCGCCAUUAUCCUGGAGGCCAUCGGCCUGCCCACUCAUGACCUUUCUCUGAUCCUGGCUGUGGACUGGAUUGUGGACCGCACCACCACCGUGGUGAACGUGGAAGGGGACGCGCUGGGUGCCGGCAUUCUCCACCACCUCAACCAGAAGGCCGGGAAGCAAGGCGAGCAGGAGCUGAGCGAAGUGAAGGUGGAGGCCGUCCCCAACUGCAAAUCGGAGGAGGAGACAUCGCCUCUGGUGACGCACCAGAACCCCGCCGGCCCUGCAUCCAGCGCCCCUGAGCUGGAAUCCAAGGAGUCGGUUCUGUGAGGGGGCUGGCCCCGGGCGUGCCCACCGGCGGUGGCGCCCCGCCGUGUGAGGGCGGCCAGGGGGCGCAGGCCCCCUGCUCACCGACUUUUAGCCCCGUGCAAUGCUUUGGCCCGGUCAAGGGUUCGAGGAUUAUGUCUCCGUGCAGGCAUCGCGCUUCCCAGCGGCGACUGGUUACCGGAGACCAGGGCGCUCUGCCAUAUGGCUUGAUCCGUGUACAGGUGCAACUGUGUGUGCUUUGGAAACCCGUCCUGGAGCUGCAGGCUGGGGGCAGAUCGGGCUCCCCGGGACGGGGUAGUUACGGCUUGGAACAACGCACAGGAGCCCUUCACUGCGUGCAGGCAGCUCUGCCCUCGCGGUCUUUCUGGGCAAACUAGGGGGCUUUACAGUCCUCUGUCAUGCAGCCUCGCAAGACAGAGUGAUUGGAAAAAUUCCCAAAUUCUUACCUGUGGCUGGAAUUCACUGAGCUGGUACCGGAGGUGUUGAGAGAUUUCUAACUUGGAGGUGUGGCUGAUUCUGAUUCACUGGUUGCUGGUGGGCUUGGAGGUGCAGUACAUUGUUCGGUU